AUGCCGCGUACCUGUUCGUUCCCCUCAGGGCGGCAGGAGGAAAUGUUGGAAGCACUCAAGGCGCUCUCGACCUUUUUUGUUGAAAACAGCUUGCGCACCCGGAGAAACUUGCGUGGAGACAUUGAACGACGAAGCUUAGCCAUAAAUGAAGAAUUUGUCCACAUAUUCAAGCAGGUGAAAGAGGAGCUUGAGAGUAUAAAUGAAGACGUGCAAGCAAUGAGCAGCUGCUGUGAAGAUAUGUCCAGUCGUUUGAAGGCAGCAAAGGAACAAACCCAGGACUUGAUAGUAAAAACCACAAAACUUCAGGCAGAGAAUCAGAGACUGGAAAUGAAAGCACAAGUUGCAGACGCAUUCAUAGCAAAAUUCCAGCUGACACCGGAUGAAAUGAACCUCCUUCGAGGCACGAAAGAUGAGCCAAUUACUGAGGAUUUUUUCAAGGCUUUGGGAAGAGUAAAGCAAAUUCACAAUGAUGUCAAGAUUCUCCUCCGGACAAAUCAGCAAAGGGCAGGCCUGGAAAUUAUGGAACAGAUGGCUUUACUGCAAGAGACAUCUUAUGAACGACUUUACAGAUGGACUCAAAAUGAAUGCAGGACUUUGACGCAAGAAUCAUGUGACAUUUCUCCAGUUCUUGCUCAAGCCAUGGAAGCCUUACAAGAUAGACCUGUCCUGUAUAAGUACACUUUGGAUGAGUUUGGAACAGCUAGGAGGAGUGCUGUAGUCCGCGGCUUUAUAGAUGCUCUUACUAGAGGAGGUCUGGGAGGUACUCCCCGCCCUAUUGAAAUGCACUCCCACGAUCCUCUGAGGUACGUAGGAGACAUGCUGGCCUGGUUGCAUCAAGCUACAGCUUCUGAAAAGGAACACCUAGAAGCUAUGCUAAAGCUUGUAACUAUUGAAGGUGUGGAAGAAAAUAUUCAAGAAGUAGUUGGCCAUAUCACAGAAGGUGUCUGCAGGCCUCUGAAGGUUAGAAUUGAGCAGGUGAUUGUUGCCGAGCCAGGAGCAGUUUUACUGUACAAGAUUUCUAAUCUUCUCAAGUUCUACCACCAUACAAUCAGUGGUAUUGUAGGAAACAGUGCAGCCACACUGUUGACAACUAUUGAAGAAAUGCAUUUGUUGAGCAAGAAGAUAUUCUUUAAUAGCCUGAGUCUUCAUGCAAGUAAACUAAUGGACAAGGUUGAACUCCCCCCUCCUGAUCUUGGCCCAAGCUCUGCACUGAAUCAGACACUUAACUUGCUACGGGAGGUUCUGUCAUCUCACGACUCAUCUGUUGUUCCACUGGAUGCCCGUCAAGCUGACUUUGUGCAGGUUCUGUCUUGUGUGCUAGAUCCAUUGUUACAGAUGUGUACGGUGUCUGCUAGUAAUUUGGCUACAGCUGAUAUGGCAACCUUCAUGGUAAAUUCACUUUAUAUGAUGAAGACUACGUUGGCUCUCUUUGAAUUCACUGACAAACGUCUAGAAAUGUUACAGUUUCAGAUUGAAGCUCAUUUAGAUACACUCAUAAAUGAACAAGCUUCCUACGUGUUAACAAAAGCCGGUCUAAGUUACAUAUAUAACUCCGUGCAGCAACACAAGCCGGAACAGGGUCCUCUUUCAAAUUUGCCAAGUAUGGAUUCCGUGUCCCUGAAGGUUGCGAUGGCUCAGUUUGAUCGUUAUCUGUCUGCUCCAGAUAGUCUGUUAAUGUCCCAGCUGAAUUUCCUUCUGAGUGCCACUGUGAAAGAGCAGAUAAUAAAACAGUCGACAGAACUGGUCUGCAGAGCUUACAGUGAGUUAUAUGCAGCUGUGAUGGAUCCUUCAAAUGAGUACAAGGAUCCAGAAACCAUACUACACAGAUCUCCUCAUCAAGUUCAGGCACUGCUUUCAUAGUCUUGCUUCCCCCGGGUUUAUCAGAAUCCAUAAUGCUGUAUUUGUUAUUUGCAUCGAGUUUUUCCUGUUUUGAAAUUUGAUGUGUAACUGUAUGGUUCAAAUAUGUAGGAAUGCAGUUUUGUUUAAUCUGCUUGGCAGAAGUCUAGUCUUUCUUGUGUCUUUAAAUACCUUCUAUAGGCCAGAAAAUAGAAUAUAGAUUAAAAAUUAUUUUAAUGUAUUCCUCUAAUGGAAAUGGACCUUGACAAUAUGCAAUCUCUUUGAAAAAAGGAGUAAAGGAGAAAGAAGCUUUUUCCUUGCUGUACAUAAUCCUUUCAACUACAGAUUGAACCAGUGUCUCUUACGACCUUGACGAUAUUUUUAUUUGCUCUUUUCCCUUUCUUUCAUUCUUUUUCUCAGCCUAUCAUUAGUA